UAUGUGAUUCCAAACAUGCCGAGAACUGUAGAAACUGUAAGGCUACAGAGUCCAACUCUGUCAUUUGAGCUUGAGUUUGACGUGUCCGGUCGAAGACAAUGUGUACGAAAGCUUGGAGAAGAAUGUAAAAAAUAUAAGCAACCGGAACGGCGCAUUUCUGGUAACCUGCUGCAGGCGGAAAUCAGGCAGCCCGAGCCACACGCUGUGUGCGUGGCCGACGAGCUUUCAGCCAAUCAGAGUGAGCCAGGUCAUACAGAGGACCAGGAAGAGAAGAUGGCUGCAAAGAAUGGAAAGAAUGGUCUUCUACAAAAAUGGAAAAUUGAUGAAAAACCUGUCAAGAUUGACAAAUGGGACGGUGCAGCUGUGAAGAAUUCUCUUGACGAUGCAGCGAAAAAGGUACUCAUCGAAAAGUACGGUUACGUCGAGAACUACAACCUUGUAGAUGGGCGUCUUUUCAUUUGCACCAUCUCCUGCCUUUUUGCCAUUGUAGCCUUAAUUUGGGAUUACCUGCACCCUUUCCCAGAGUCUAAACCAGUCCUGGCAUGCUGUGUCAUUUCAUAUUUCAUAAUGAUGGGCAUUUUAACCUUGUAUACCUCGUACAAAGAGAAAAACAUCUUUCUUAUGGCCGUCCAGAAAGACCCAACUGGAAUGGACCCGGAUCACACCUGGCAGCUUUCAUCAAGUCUUAAAAGGUUUGAUGAUAAGUACACACUGAAAGCAACCUUUAGAGAUGGAAAAACCAAGCAAUUUAGGUCGACUGAGUUCACAAAGUCAGUCAGUACAUUCUUUGAUGGAGAGGGAACAUUGGUGAUGGACCAUUAUGAAAAGUGUGUGUCAAAGCUUCAUGAUACAUUGGCGAUGGAGAAGAAAACCAAGUAAAUUUGAACAGAAACUUAUUGUGCCAGCAAAGCCCUACCACACACCGAUUUGGGGUGAAGGUGUGAUGUAAUGUCAAACAUUAGCCUUCAGUUACUAAAUUUGUUUAACGAUUGUCAUAACUGUUUUCAAUUGGCAUCACAGUGUUUCUACCUGAAGGUGCGGUUAGAGUAAAUGUCUCAGUUCAGCAUUUUUGUGUGAAAGUAAAGUAAAAUGUUUUUCACUGGUUUCAUUUGGUGAUUACCUGAUCCUCACGAUAGGGAAAAUGUAAGAGUUAAAUAUUGAAAUGUUUUUCCUAAGCAGCAUCUAUUAUAGGAUGGUUUUGUUCCAGUUUUGACAUCCUAGAAUUCAAUUACAGUGAAAAUUAUUUUUUUUCUUAUUAUUUUUUCCCCCUCCCCCUCUCAUACAAUAUAUAUUGUUUUGCUUAAGAAUCAUUAAAAUGAUUGGUGUCAA